AUGCAGUACGCCCUGCCACCACGCAAGUCGUCGACGGCUCCCCCAUUCGCUCCGCGCACCUCUCUCUUCUCGCUCCAGCGCCGUCGACAGCUGAGGACAAUUGGGAUCAUUGCAUUUACGGUUAUUUCGGUUUUAUUCUUUCUUUCGCGAUAUUUCCGUGCUACAAGCGGGGGACCCAUCACAACCACUAUCUUGAUACCGUCUGGAACCCCAACUAUCGUGCUUGUCACUCUCUUCGACCCCGACACGUUAAGUGAGGCAUAUCUUCAGAAUAUCAAGAAUAACAGGGAGGACUAUGCCUCGCGACAUGGCUAUGCCAACUUCUUCGCGAAUGCAUCCGAUUAUCUUUACACAUUGAAUGAGCAACAGCCCCGAAGCUGGGUUUCAGUUCCUGCUGUUCGACAUGCAAUGAGCGAAUACCCAUAUUCGACAUACUUCUUUUUCCUUAGCGCACAUGCCCUAAUCAUGGAACCACGUCUCUCCCUUGAGAGGCAUGUCCUAGAACCCAAACAACUUGAUUCAUUGAUGAUGAAGGAUCAAUCCGUUGUCCCCCCCGACAGUGUCAUAAAGACCUUCUCCCAUCUAACGGCUAAAGAUGUAGAAUUGAUCAUUACACAAGAUGGUGCGGAUUUGGUUCCGAGCAGUUUCAUCAUCAAGCAAGGCGAGUGGUCUCGCUUCUUUUUGGAUGUGUGGUACGAUCCAUUAUAUCGAAAAUAUAACUUCGCAAAGGCGGAGAAGCAUGCAUUGGACCACAUUGUUCAGUGGCACGCAACGAUUCUCGCAAAAAUGGCACUUAUUCCCCAGAGAAUCAUUAAUUCAUACAGCAAGGACUCUCCAGAUCCCGCUAUCGGUGGUACCUACCAUGAGGGUGACUUUGUUAUUCACUUCAAUGGAUGUGAUGCUAAAGAAAGGAGCUGCGAAGAAGAGAUGCGUCCGUAUUACUCGAUGUGGCAGAGAAAGACCACCAACUUGCAAUGA